UGUCUCUGGCGGAACGGCGGGAGCGAGGGUUCAGAAAUGGGCAGUGAGAAGGAGCAGAGUCCAGAACCACACCUGCCUGAGGAAGGGGAAGAAGGUAAGCCUUGGAGAGUGGAUGGCUCAGAGGGUUCUCGAAUCCCACCUGGGGAGGAACAUGGGCAGGAGAGCCUAUUGAAGGGGGCACAAGGAACACAUCCAAAAAAGCCAUGGCAGAAAGUCACUGCCCCAGCUAGGGGACCUAAGGACCCCAUUGCACAUCCAAGGCCUGUAGAAGAUGAGAAACCCUUUGUCUGUGCCCAGUGUGGCAAAACCUUCAACAAUACCUCGAACCUGAGAACACACCAGCGGAUCCACACUGGUGAGAAGCCAUACAAGUGCUCUGAAUGUGGCAAGAGCUUCUCCCGAAGCUCCAACCGCAUCCGCCACGAGCGGAUCCACCUGGAGGAGAAGCACUACAAAUGUCCCGAAUGCCAGGAGAGCUUUCGGCGGCGCUCGGACCUCACCACGCACCAGCAAGAUCACCUGGGCAAGCGGCCGUACCGCUGCGACAUCUGCGGCAAGAGCUUCAGCCAGAGUGCCACGCUGGCGGUGCAUCACCGGACCCACCUGGAGCCGGCGCCCUACAUCUGCUGCGAGUGCGGGAAGAGCUUCAGCAACAGCUCCAGCUUCGGGGUGCACCACCGCACGCACACGGGCGAGAGGCCUUACGAAUGCACCGAGUGCGGGAGGACGUUCAGUGAUAUCUCCAACUUCGGGGCUCACCAGCGGACCCACAGAGGGGAGAAACCCUACCGCUGCACCCUGUGCGGGAAACACUUCUCCCGAAGCUCAAACCUCAUCCGCCACCAGAAAACGCACAUGGGUGAGCAGACGGGCAGGGAUUCCAGCUGAAUGGAGCACCAUGUGGAGAUGCAGGAAGGACACGAAGUCCCAACCUUCGGCGAGGAAAAAGGCCUUUAGAAUCAGCUGCGGCCACCUUGACUGCGCACCCUUCAUCCGGCUGAGGAGAAUGAUUUAUGUUGUCUCGGAAGCCACGAUCUCCAGAAAGUCCUGAGGAUGAGUUAAAAUCCUUGCCUCCUCCCAGGAAAAAGUUAGAGGACACGCUCUUGACUUGCCUUCCUUGGGUGUGGAAGAGAAGAUAGUUAGCUCAGAACGUGGAGCAGCAGUCCUCUGGCCUUUGAGAAAAUGCCUGUGCGAUCUUGUCGCUGUCUGAAGGGCCUCCACAUUGCCUGUGAGCUGCUUAGGACACCCUGUAGUGGCCUGCUUUCCCAUGGUGUCCUGACCCAAGAGUGCUUCUAGAGCUCUAGCCUGGGAGGAGUGGCCCUCCUAAGGGAAGGGGCCUCCUUGGUCUCAGGAGAGAUGUGGGGCCCUGCCUUAGGAAUAAAAGGGAAGCCCUCAGGGAGCCAUGAUCCAGGGACUUCACACUCCCCCUCUUUCUGUUACCUGUUUUUCCCACCCCAACCUGCUUUGUUUCCCCAGAAUGAU